AUGAAGUCAUCAGAGGUAUUAGCACGUCGCUUAACACCAAAACUGAUUAAGACCAAGUCACUUGCUGUUACCGAUGAAGAAGCAAGCGAUUUGUCUGUAACACGUUUAUCGAUUUCCAAUUCACUAACAAGCGUUCAUAAACAAUGUGAAGAUGAAGAUACCGAAGCAACGAAUAAACUAUUGGACAUCGGCCGUGUUGCUUCCUGGGCAGUUGGCUUUGAAAAAUUGCUCAAUGAUGAAAUGGGUUUAUAUGUGUUUACUGAAUUUCUCAAGAAAGAAUUUAGUCAAGAAAACAUACAAUUCUGGACGGAAUGCGAAAAAUUGAAAAAAUUCACAGAUCUCGACGAAGUUCGUUCGAAAGCAAAUAUGAUCUGGUCAACAUAUUUACAUGAUACAGAUGAUGGAUCAUGUCGAAUCAAUAUUGACAGUCGAACACGACAAGAAUGUUACCAAUCACUAUUACACAAACCGAAUGCUCAUAUCUUCGAAAAGGCUCAAUCUCAGAUAUUUCAAUUGAUGAAACUCGAUUCAUAUACGAGAUUUUUGAAAUCCAACAUGUAUAAAGAAUGUAUUAUGAGUGAAAUGGAAGGCAAAUCGAUACCAUAUACGAAACCCAGUCCACCACCACCGACCAAUAACGAAGACCGAUCGAAAGGCAACGAUAGUCUUGGGAAGAUCAAAGACGAAGAAAAGAAAGACAAGAAACGUAGUCCGCUUAUUCCUUGGACAAAAGGUAUUUGA